UUCUGAUCAUUUGACCAAAACAUAAGUAAUGGACCCCCGUUACAGUGCCCAAGACGUCCUCCUCUGUGACCUGUGUCAAACAGCUGCCUUACAGAAUCAUUGUGAACUUUGUCAUGUAAAUCUUUGUAUAGUUUGUGUUGGAAAACAUCUCUCUGAUUCAUCUAAAACACACAAAGUUGUACCAUACAAACACAGAACCUCUGUUUCUAAAUACCCAAAAUGUCUAAACCAUAUGCAGAAACAUUGUGAACUUUACUGUGAUAAAUGUGCAAUUCCUGUCUGUUCUACCUGCAUCUCUUCUGGGAAACAUAAAGGACACGAUUUAUUUGAUGCACUGCAGAAACAAACUUCAAAAACAAAUGAUUUACAGAAUGACUUACAUGAACUUAAGAAAAAAAUCCAUCCUACAUAUGAAGAAAUUACAACAAAUUUAAAGUUUGAAAAAGUCAACUUGGAAAAACAUUAUGAGAACUUGACAACAGCUGUCACCAAACAAGGAGAAGACUGGCAUAGAGAAAUUAAAAUUAUUGUAAACAGACAAACAUCUGAAAUUCAUGAGAUGAAAACUAAACACCUGGCAGUUCUGAAUAAACAGGAAAAUGAAAUGAAACAGAUAUCUUCUGAUGUAAAACAGUGUAUAGUUGAUUUAAAGAAAAUACUGGACUCCAAAGACGUCUCCCUAACUUCUGCAUACAAAUCCAGGAAUGCUGAAUUCAGAAAUUUACCUCCUAAAAUCAGUGUUUCAUUACCAAAAUUCCUACCUCAUCAAAUCAACACAGAACAGCUCCAUCAAAUGUUUGGUUCUCUGGCAGCAUUAUCCAUUACAACAGAAGAACACGGCUACAAAAUGAAGACACCAGAAGCUGUAUCUUCUCCUCCAGUAAAAUCACUGCUUGAUGAACCAGAGCUCAUCACCACCAUAGACACUGGGUAUGACAAACUAUACAGUGUUUCCUGUCUUAGUGAUGAAGAAAUCUGGACAUCUGGUAAAGCCGACAUCAUAAAACUUUACGACCUGAAAGGUAGACUACUGAAAUCAAUCCAAACCAAGUCUGGGAAUGAACUUAGUGACAUAGCAGUGACAAGGAUUGGAGAUCUAGUUUAUACUGACUCUGAAACAAGAACUGUACACAUAGUGAAGAGUAAACAGAUACAGGAAGUGAUCCGACUACAGGGGUGGAUACCCUGUAAUGUCUGUAGUACCUCCUCUGGUGACCUCCUGGUUACUAUGGUCAUUGAUAAUAGAAAACAAUCAAAAGUUGUCCGUUACUCUGGCUCCACAGAGAAACAAACCAUUCAGUUUGAUAGUGAAGGUAAACCUCUGUAUUCAUCUGGCUACUUUAGCAAAAUUAAAUACAUCAGUGAGAACAGGAACCUAGAUAUCUGUGUGGCUGACCGUGAAGCCAAGACAGUAGUUGUGGUUAAUCAGGCAGGAGAACUCCGAUUUAGAUACACGGGUCAUGCCUCUACUACGAAGGGAUCAUUCUAUCCAUAUGGCAUCACAACAGACAGUCAGAGUCUGAUCUUGACAUCAGAUAUUGACAAUGACUGUAUCUACAUCCUAGAUCAAGAUGGACAGUUUCUCCGUUACAUUGAUAACUGUUGUCUACGUUUUCCAUGUGGUUUAUGUGUAGACAGCAGAGACAACCUUUUUGUGGCCGAGUGUCCCAUUGGUCAAGUGAAGAAAAUAAAAUAUAUGUAAACAAUUUGUACACACACACUGUUCGUAAUUUAAAAAAAUAUUUCUUUGGCGGAAUGAAGAAAAAAACUUGAAGAAAUUAAAUCCUUUUAAAAUGCAUUAUACUACAAAAAAAUCUUGUUAUACAGGAGCUAAAAUUUUAACGGUGUCAUUAAUGUCUCAAAGAACAUUUAACAGGAAUCAAAUACAUGAUAAUAUGAUGUUUUUCUAAUGAUGAAAAAUACUCUUUCCAUAUUUCAAAUAACUAAUUCUCUUAUAUAUAUGUAUUCUAACAAAAAUAUGUUUUAUAUGAUUAAACAAGAAUUAAUUCAUAAAAUUCCCUGUCACUGUUGUAACUGUUCAUGUUGUUGGUGAGAUUCUCAAAGGAUAUUCUUCUGCCAAACUAAUAACAAAACAUAAUAGGGAAGAGUGUUUCAUCAAUUUAUUGAUAAAUUUUACAUUGCCUUCGAGUUGUUGUAGUGUGCUAUGUUCUAUUUAUAAUACUAGUACUAUACAUGAGUGGUGAUGUAAGGUGUCGUGUUCUUUUUUUUACUCUAUAUCUGAGUGGUGAUGUGAUGAAUUUAAAAUGUAUACCAUUAUAGUAGACCUGCACAUAAAAAGUGAUGCAUGUAUACGGUAUACAGUUGUAAGAAUAAAAUGAAAUAGAAUGUU